CCUGCUUGUGCUACUGCACACUCCUUAGUUACAACAGACCCAGAAAGUUGUAGCUUACAUUCUAAUAGAUAGCCUACAAUAGAUAUAUAUUUCUGGAAUGUUCAUUGAAAUUGCUGCAGGGUUUUUAUUUUAGCUAAUCAGACAUAUGAGGCAGACACACAGCCUACAUCAUCAUGUGGUUCACAUUGGUUGAGAGUUCAGAAGAGGGUGAGUAAAGAGAGAAACCUGAAGGGGGGAGGGUAAGCACCAGCUACUUAUAUUGUUUUUGAAGAAUCUGGGGGGAGGAAAGGGGCAGUUACCAAACAAUGGAUUUUUUAACACUUCUGAAACGUGAGCAAACUGAUUUCCUGUCUUGUAUUUUGUAGGUACUAGUCCUGGUGAGUCUAAUGGUGACAGAUGGGAGAACUGUGGCAUGCUUUGGACGCAGUUACGAGACCAGGAAUGAAAAGACGACUGAGCAACUACUGUGCUGUACAUCAGUGGAACGAGGAGGAGAGCCAUUGGAAACACCUUCGAGGCAACAGAAAAGUAAAUGAAUGGCCCAAAAUGGAAAUGUAAAAGGAAAUGGAGGAUGAAUUUGUUUGUGGCUUUUCCAGAUAAACCAGGAUGAGAAGGAAGAAAACAAGGUUGACAGCCUCCUGGUUCAUUGAAAUGACGUGGAAACAACGUUGAUACAACCAGUUUGUGCCCAGUGGGUAUCACAUAUAGUAAACCCCAGACUGACUGGACGGCUCUCAAGUUGAGAAGGUGGUUGACCAUGGAGAUGUCUGAGGACAUUGUUUAUGCCAAUGAAGACGUUAGAGGAAAACAAAGUGUUUCAGGGGACCAUUUUUAUAAUAGAGGAGACAACAUCUAUGAAGACAUUUAUGAAACUCCAGACACCAUCAAGUUUAAUGACUUCAGAAACAAGACUGAGGAUGUUACCCCAAGGAGCAGACCAGGAGCUAAACUCUCAGAGUCUGAGCAACCAAAGAAGAGACCUUUAAGAGCUGCAGCAGUGUGUCUGGGGCUGUUGAGCGUUCUCCUACUGGCUGGGAUCAUAGGACUGUACCUCUACUAUGACAGAGUAUAUAACAACUUGACUGAAGACAGGGACCAGCUACAGACCAGUUACAACAAUCUGAUUGCAGAGAGAGACCAGUUACAGACUAGCUACAACAAUCUGAUUGCAGAGAGAGACCAGUUACAGACCAGUUACAACAAUCUGACUGAGGAGAGGGACCAGUUACAGACCAGUUACAACAAUCUGACUGAGGAGAGAGACCAGUUACCGAGGGAGAGAGACAUGUUGGUUUGGAGAGCUGAGGGAAACGGUUGUCCUGGUGGGUGGAGGAAGUUUGACAGCAGCUGUUACUUCCUCUCCAUCGUGUCUAAAACCUGGAAGGAGAGCAGACGGGACUGUCUGAAUAGAGGAGGAGACCUGGUCAUCAUCCAAAGCAGAGAGGAACAGGACUACAUAAAAACGUUUAUGGUGAUGUCCUGGAUUGGUCUGACUGAUGAAGAUAGAGAGGGUCUCUGGACGUGGGUGGACAACACACAGCUAACUACAGCAGAGUACUGGCAUCCCGGUGAACCGAAUGGUGGAAGAGAGGAGAACUGUGGAAUGAUUUGGAUGAAUUAUGAUGCCUGGAAUGACGCCUCGUGCUCUGCAGCGCUCCCCUGGAUAUGUGAGAAAUAUGCAUAUCGUUAGGUUCUAAAAGGACCUAGUAGAACUCACGACGAUUAGUCAAACUUUAACCACGUUUAUUCACCCAUUGGGUCAUACAAUUGCAUAAGACAAAGACAUGGUUCCAUCAAUGGUAGUAUAUAUACACCCCAAUUUGGCUGACGUCCUCCUCUCUAAACGUAACUUCCUGCCUAGCAAAAAAUAUGUAAAGUGAUACGGGCAAUAAACUAUUACUUCUCCUUUAACAUGACCUGACCUUCACUAAUCCACAGCUCGCCACCAUUAUCAGUCACUGCAGUCAUGUAAUAUCCUCUACUCAGGACCUCCCAAAUCCCCCUGGCUCCUAUCCAACCUUCAUUGACCCAAUGAUAUACAUUCCUCCUACAGAUACCCCUUAACUUCUGGUGUAGAAACCAGAUUAUGGCACUCCUCAUGCAUGCAUACACGGCCUACCUGAGUGAUCUAGUUGAACCGCUCUAGUCAGCAAAUUCACCAUGUUGUUUGGCCUGUAAUGUUGUUUGUCUGUAAAUGACAGUCGUCUCUAUGAGCUCAUUCACAACGAUCAUGUCACUCUCUGUAUCACACCUGCUGUCUCCCUUCCACCACGCCCUGCACAGUGAAGUCAUCAUUACUUAGCCUGAGCUGACCAAGGACUGUACACAGUGUGACACUUUAUUUAUACACUGCAAUUGAGAAAAGUUUGUCGACAUUGUUAGCCAUAGAGUAGUUUGUUGACAUUGUUAGCCAUAGAGUAGUUUGUCGACAUUGUUAGCCAUAGAGUAGUUUGUUGACAUUGUUAGCCAUAGAGUAGUUUGUUGACAUU